AUGUGUAUAAGUUUUUGUUGGUGCGACAAAACAUUUUCCCGCCAAUCUCUAUACAGCGCUCACUAUAGACGUAUUCAUGUGACGUCAGAGGAGAGAGCGAGACGGCACGAUAGGCCGUGGGUGUGCGAAGUAUGCGGCAAAACGUUACCGAAUAAGUGCAUGCUACUCUAUCACCAGCGUAACCACACUGGGGAGAAACCGUAUGCCUGUACACAGUGCCCGAAAACCUUCACUAUGAAGAAAUUGUUGCAAACGCAUAUUGGAGGACAAGAAAAAAUAUCAAGAAAUAUACUGUUAUCACCAGCAGAUGUUAUUUUGAUAGAAAGCGAGACAGGUGAUAAUGCAAACAGCCAGGAGGCAAUAUUGGUUCCAGAUGACGAGAGUAAUGUGCAAACACCAGAGAUCAGCGUGGAGAAGGAGAACAGAGAUUCAGUGGGGGCAUCCUGUGUUCCAGUAUUUGAUUAUCAUAGUGAUAGCUCUUCAGAUUCUUCAGUAUACACUGAUGGUGAAGAAACACACAUUACAUUUUCUCAGGAGAUUUCAAUCUCACAGGCUCUGAAAAGGCCUGAGAAGGAGCAGUGGAGACGUGCUUUGGCUCAGAAGUUGCAAUCAUUUGAAGAUAAUGAUGCCUGUGAGCUUGUUAAAAAACCCUAG